AUGCAGCGCGCACUUGCAUCCCGCGCCAGAGCGUCCGCCGCUUCUGCUGCCGCUACUAAGUUCCGCCCCGGUGCCGGCCUGGGACAACAGCUCCGCUUCGCCCACAAGGAGCUGAAGUUCGGUGUUGAGGGCCGUGCGUCCCUGUUGGCUGGUGUUGAGACUCUUGCUAAGGCCGUUGCUACGACACUUGGUCCCAAGGGCCGUAACGUCCUCAUUGAGUCCAGCUAUGGUUCUCCCAAGAUCACCAAGGACGGUGUAACUGUCGCCAAGGCAAUUACCCUCAAGGACAAGUUCGAGAACCUCGGUGCCAGACUCCUCCAGGAUGUCGCCUCCAAGACCAACGAGACCGCCGGUGACGGUACCACGACUGCUACCGUCCUCGCCCGUGCCAUCUUCUCCGAGACCGUCAAGAACGUUGCCGCUGGCUGCAACCCCAUGGACCUGCGCCGUGGUAUCCAGGCCGCCGUCGAUGCCGUCGUCGAGUUCCUCCAGAAGAACAAGAGAGAUAUCACCACCAGCGAGGAGAUUGCCCAGGUCGCCACCAUCUCUGCUAACGGUGACGAGGCUCUCGGCCGCAUGAUAGCCAACGCCAUGGAGAAGGUCGGCAAGGAGGGUGUCAUUACCGUCAAGGAGGGCAAGACUCUGGUCGACGAGCUCGAGGUCACCGAGGGUAUGCGCUUCGACCGUGGUUUCGUCUCCCCCUACUUCAUCACCGACGCCAAGUCCCAGAAGGUCGAGUUCGAGAAGCCCCUGAUCCUCCUCUCCGAGAAGAAGAUCUCUGCCGUCCAGGACAUCAUCCCCGCUCUUGAGGCCUCCACCCAGAUGCGCCGCCCUCUGGUCAUCAUCGCCGAGGACAUCGAGGGUGAGGCUCUCGCCGUCUGCAUUCUCAACAAGCUCCGUGGCCAGCUCCAGGUCGCCGCCGUCAAGGCUCCCGGCUUUGGUGACAACCGCAAGUCCAUCCUCGGUGACUUGGCUGUCCUCACCAACGGUACCGUCUUCACCGACGAGCUCGACAUCAAGCUCGAGAAGGCCACCCCCGACAUGCUCGGCUCCACUGGCUCCAUCACCAUCACCAAGGAGGACACCAUCUUCCUGAACGGUGAGGGCGCCAAGGACGCCAUUGCUCAGCGCUGCGAGCAGAUCCGUGGUGUCAUGAACGACCCCACUACCUCCGAGUACGAGAAGGAAAAGCUCCAGGAGCGUCUGGCCAAGCUCUCUGGUGGUGUCGCCGUCAUCAAGGUCGGUGGCUCCUCCGAGGUUGAGGUCGGUGAGAAGAAGGACCGCUUCGUCGAUGCCCUGAACGCCACCCGCGCCGCCGUUGAGGAGGGUAUCCUGCCCGGUGGUGGUACCGCUCUCAUCAAGGCCUCUGCCCUGGCCCUGAAGGACGUCAAGACCGCCAACUUCGACCAGCAGCUCGGUGUCAGCAUCGUCAAGAACGCCAUCACCCGCCCUGCCCGCUCCAUCGUCGAGAACGCCGGUCUUGAGGGCUCCGUCAUCGUUGGCAAGCUCACCGACGAGUUCGCCUCCGAGUUCAACAAGGGCUUCGACAGCGCCAAGGGCGAGUACGUUGACAUGAUUGCUGCCGGUAUCCUUGACCCCUUCAAGGUUGUCCGCACUGGUCUCGUUGACGCCAGCGGCGUUGCCUCUCUGCUUGGUACCACUGAGGUUGCCAUCGUUGAGGCUCCUGAGGAGAAGGGCCCUGCUGCUCCCAUGGGAGGCAUGGGUGGCAUGGGCGGUAUGGGCGGCAUGGGUGGUAUGAUAGCGACCGUCGCACAGGAGUGCAUAACGGCCUACAACGACCUCAAGCUCUCCAAGAAGUACAAGUACAUCAUCUACAAGCUGUCGGAUGACAACAAGGAGAUCGUCGUCGAGGAGGCUUCGGAGGAUAAGGACUGGGAUAACUUCCGCCAGAAGCUGAUCAACGCUACCUCCAAGACCAAGAGUGGUGCCGUCGGCAAGGGUCCCCGUUACGCCGUCUACGACUUCGAGUACAGCCUUGCUUCUGGCGAGGGUGAGCGCAACAAGAUCACCUUCCUUGCCUGGUCCCCCGAUGAUGCCGGUGUUAUGGCCAAGAUGGUUUACGCUUCUUCCAAGGAGGCUCUCAAGCGCUCCCUGACCGGCAUUGCGACCGAGCUCCAGGCCAACGAUGCCGAUGACAUCGAGUACGACUCCAUCCUCAAGACCGUCAGCAAGGGCAUGGCUGGUUAA